AUGAUAAAAUAGAUUAAAAAAUACUACAUAUUAGAAGAAUUUUUAGACUCUUCACUUUAAUCUCAUUAGGUUCUCGAUAUUUUCCUAAAUUACAAUGAAAUUGGUGAUGAAGGUAUAUCAGGCUUAGGUUCUGCUUUAGCAAAUUGCACUAAUCUCUCAACUUUGAAACUUUACCUUAUUAAAAAUCAAAUUGGUGACGAAGGUGCAUCAGGCUUAGGUUCUGCUUUAGCAAACUGCACUAAUCUCUCAAAUUUGACACUUGAGCUUUAUUAAAAUCAAAUUGGUAAUUAAGGGGCAUCAGGCUUAGGUUCUACUUUAGCAAAUUGCACUAAUCUAUCAAAUUUGACACUUAACCUUUAUUAAAAUCAAAUUGGUGAUGAAGGUGCAUCAGGCUUAGGUUAUGCUUUAGCAAAUUGCAAUAAUCUCUCUAAUUUGACACUUGACCUUUCUAAGAAUCAAAUCGGUGUAAUGGGUGUAUCAGGCUUAGGUUCUGCUUUAGCAAAUUGCACUAAUAUCUCAAAUUUGAAACUUUACCUUUGGGGAAAUCAAAUUGGUGAUGAAGGUGCAUCAGGCUUAGGUUCUGCUUUAGCAAAUAGCACUAAUCUCUCAAAUUUGACACUUGAACUUUCUUAAAAUCAAAUUGGUGAUUAAGGGGCAUCAUGCUUAGGUUCUACUUUAGCAAAUUGCACUAAUCUCUCAAAUUUGACACUUUGGAUUUAUUUGAAUCAAAUUGGUGACAAAGGUGCAUCAGGCUUAGGUUCUGCUUUAGCAAAUUGCACUAAUCUCUCAAAUUUGACACUUUAGAUUUUUUAAAAUCAAAUUGGCGAUGAAGGUGCAUCAGACUUAGGUUGUGCUUUAGCAAACUGCACUAAUCUCUCAAAUUUGACACUUGGCCUUUAGGUAAAUCAAAUUGGUGAUGAAGGUGCAUCAGGCUUAGGUUCUGCUUUAGCAAAUUACACUAAUCUCUCAAAAUUGACACUUUUACUUUACCAAAAUCGAAUUGGUGAUGAAGGUGCAUCAGGCUUAUGUUAUGCUUUAGCAAAUUGCACUAAUCUCUCAAAUUUUACACUUGGCCUUUAUGAAAAUCAAAUUGGUGAUGAAGGUGCAUCAGGCUUAGGUUCUGCUUUAGCAAAUUGCACUAAUCUCUCAAAUUUGUAACUUGUCCUUUCUGAAAAUCAAAUUGGUGAUGAAGGUGCAUCAGGCUUAGGUUCUUUAGCAAAUUGCAUUAAUCUCUCAAAUUUGACACUUGAGCUUUCUUAAAAUCAAAUUAGUGAUUAAGGGGCAUCAGGCUUAGGUUCUGCUUUAGCAAAUUGCACUAAUCUCUUAAAUUUGACACUUGAGCUUUCUGAAAAUCAAAUUGGUGACGAAGGUGCAUCAGGCUUAGGUUCUGCUUUAGCAAAUUGCACUAAUCUCUCAAAUUUGACACUUGGCCUUAAUAACAAUCAAAUUGGUGAUGAAGGCGCAUCAGGCUUAGGUUCUGCUUUAUAAAAUUGCACUAAACUCUCAAAUUUGACACUUUACCUUUCUGAAAAUCAAAUUGGUGCAAUGGGUGCAUCAGGCUUAAGUUCUGCUUUAGCAAAUUGCACUAAUCUCUCAAAUUUGAUACUUGACCUUGAUUCUAACCAAAUCAAUGAAUCAUAAAAGCUCAGAGUAAUUAGUAAAUAUCUUAAAUCAAAAAGAUUAGUUAUCUAUAGAAUAUACUGA